UGAUUUUGAAUUCCAAGGAGCUACCUAAUGAUGUAAUGUUGUUACUUAAAAACCUGGCAUUCGUGAAUAUGGUUCAAUAUGUCAAAAGAUCCUUUGCUUUUCGUCGAAGUCUUGUAAAGACCAAAGUGGAAUCUGCUAGCGUGGCAUUUUUUUUUUACAAGCAAAUAAAAGUUGAGUUAAGGCAGUGA